AUGAAAUAAAAAAAAUAGUAGUUAGGAGAAAUCUGUUUUAAUAAACAAUAUAAUGAAUCAUAAUUAAGAGAAGUAUGCAUUUAUAUAAGAGUAGAUUAUUCAAAAGUUACUAGCUAAAGAUGCUAAUUAUAGAGUAGAAAUUGCCAAAUUAAAAGAAUAAAACAUGGAAACUAUAUAAAAAUAUCAUAAAGCUUUAAAAUAAAUAGGAGAAAUGGAAAAAGUACAAAAAAAAGUAUGAAAGACUAAUUAAGUUAGGAUUAAAUGUAUAUAAUGCAAAUAGAUGGUUUUUUAAUGGAGGCUAAAAAGAGAUUUGAUCAAAACAAAAAAUAGCAAACGGAUCAUUAUGUAGAUGCAUUAUUAGAAAUGACCAAAUAAAGAGACGAAUAUCUCAAAAGAAAUAUUCAACUUGAAAUUAUAGUGAAUGAACUGAAUGAAUAAAUUGAAAAAUUAAAACGUUAAACAUCAAUAAUUCCAUCUGCCAGUUAAUAAUAAUUUAGCAGUCCUUUAACUGCAAGUGAAGAAGUGAUAUAAUAUGAGAAUUAAGUAAAUCAUCGUAAAAAAUCAUCCAUUUAUUCAAUGAAUACUUAAGAUUCAAUAAUAAAUGAUGAAGACAAAGAAGAUCAAUUGAUGACAUUUCUACAUUAACUUGAUGAAUAAUAAGCCAAUUAGUUGUAUAGUUUAUUCAGCAGCUUAAACACUGAUCUCGAUUCAAAAAUCAAUAAGAAUGAACCAUUAUAUCAGAACAUAAUCUCAAAUGCGAAUCAGCACAAAUUAGUAGAACAACCAAGUUCAUUCAGUUUUUCAUAAAAAUGGAAUGACAAGGAAAAUCAUUAUUUCUGA